GUUUGGGAACCAGGGAAGAACCCAGUGCGGCGUUUGGCUUUCUCCUCCUUCCUUUCGCCCCAGUCCUCGUCCCUUCUGAGUCGAAAUCAGACGCUGGGGCCAGAAGUCUGGGAAAGCCGGCUCUUUGAGUACACGCCUCCUCCGCUGCAAAAACCUUUUUCGGUUCCUAAGGAAGGGAGCUCGUCAUCAACCUCUCAAAACCAAGAAGAAAAUUGCCAAAUAAAUCUGUGUAGAAACGCUAGCUGGAGUCUAGAAAUCCCAGGAGAAAGUGACGAUUUGUCACUCCUUAAGGAGCUGCAAGUCCCAGAAACUUGGUGGUGAGGCGCUGGUUAUUUAGAAAGACUGACAGUCUAAAAGACCGCCUGAAACCUGAGACCCUGUGAAGUGACUGGGAAGCCAUGGAAUCAGCUGAGAAAGAGGAAAUCAGUGUUGAAGAUGAAGCUGUGGAUGAAAACAUUUUCAAAGACUGCAGCAAGAUUGCUUUCUACAGGCGUCAGAAACAGCUGCUCUCCAAGAAGUCUACCUAUCGGGCAUUAUUGGAGUCAGUCACAACAGGCAAAGACAGUGCCAGGUUUCAAAUCAUCAAUGAACCAGCAAAGGUUCCACUCCUGGCUGAAGUUUUUGGCAUAGAGGGAAAUAUUUUCAGACUUAAAAUCAAUGAAGAAAUACCCUUGAAACCCAGGUAUGAAGUUACUGAUGUCCUCACAAGCAAGCUAACCACUGUAAGGCUGACUUCUUGCCCAGGGGAUACAGGCAGUCUGGUGCUGGCAAGUGGGAAAGGAGAUCUGAAGUGUCACAUCACAGCAAACCCAUUCAAGGUCGACUUGGUAUCUGAAGAAGAGGUUGUAAUGAGCAUAAACUCCCUGGGCCAAUUGUACUUUGAGCAGCUGCAGAUUCCUCCCAAGCAAAGCAGAGCUACCAAGAAAAAUGAGGAGGAUGCAUCCGUUGACACCACUCAGGAAAAUCAAGAGGAACUGGGCCUGUGGGAGGAGAAAUUUGAAAAUUUUGUGGAUGUCAAAGUUAAUGGUCCUGCCUCCAUUGGUUUGGAUUUCUCUUUGCAUGGUUUUGAGCAUCUCUAUGGAAUCCCGCAACAUGCUGAAUCACACCAACUUAAAAACACAAGUGAUGGUGAUGCUUACCGUCUUUAUAACCUAGAUGUCUAUGGCUAUAAAAUACAUGACAAAAUGGGCAUUUAUGGUUCAGUGCCUUAUCUCCUGGCCCACAAACUGGGCAGAACUCUAGGCAUUUUUUGGCUAAAUGCCUCAGAAACACUAGUGGAGAUCAAAACAGAACCUGCUGUAAAGUACACACUGACCCAGAUGGGCCCAGUUGCUGCUAAACAAAAGGUCGGGUCUCGAACUGAUGUGCACUGGAUGUCAGAGAGUGGAAUCAUUGAUGUUUUUCUGUUGACAGGACCUACUCCUUAUGACGUCUUCAAGCAGUAUUCAUACCUUACAGGCACACAAGCCAUGCCCCCUCUCUUUGCUCUGGGGUACCAUCAAUGCCGCUGGAACUAUGAAGAUGAGCAGGAUGUAAAGGCAGUGGAUGCAGGAUUUGAUGAACAUAACAUUCCUUAUGAUGUCAUGUGGCUGGACAUAGAGCACACAGAGGGCAAGAGGUACUUCACCUGGGACAAGAAAAGAUUCCCAAACCCCAAAAGGAUGCAAGAUCUGCUCAGGAGCAAAAAACGUAAGCUUGUGGUCAUUAGUGACCCCCACAUCAAGGUUGACCCUAACUACUCAGUGUAUGCUAAGGCCAAAGAACAGGGCUUUUUUGUGAGGAAUCAUGACGGAGGAGACUUUGAAGGUGUAUGCUGGCCUGGUCUCUCCUCUUACCUGGACUUCACCAACCCCAAAGUCAGAGAGUGGUAUUCUAGUCUCUUCGCUUUCUCUGUUUAUCAGGGAUCUACUGACAUCCUCUACGUAUGGAACGACAUGAAUGAGCCCUCUGUCUUUAAAGGCCCGGAGCAAACCAUGCAGAAGAAUGCCAUUCAUCACGGCAACUGGGAGCACCGGGAACUUCACAACAUCUAUGGCUUUUAUCAGCAAAUGGCCACUACAGAAGGACUGAUCCAGCGAUCUAAAGGAAAGGAGAGACCCUUUGUUCUUACACGUUCAUUCUUUGCUGGAUCACAGAAAUAUGGUGCUGUGUGGACAGGUGACAACACAGCAGAGUGGAGUUACCUGAAAAUUUCUAUCCCUAUGUUACUUACCCUCAGCGUGACUGGGAUCUCCUUUUGUGGAGCGGAUGUAGGUGGCUUCAUCGGGGAUCCAGAGGCAGAGCUGCUAGUGCGGUGGUACCAGGCAGGAGCCUACCAGCCCUUCCUCCGUGGCCAUGCCACCAGGAACACCAAGCGACGGGAACCCUGGCUCUUUGGGGAGGAGCACACCCGGCUCAUCCGAGAAGCCAUCAGAGAGCGCUACACCCUCCUGCCCUACUGGUAUUCUCUGUUCUACUCUGCACACGUGGCUUCUCAACCUGUCAUGAGGCCUCUGUGGGUAGAGUUCCCUAAUGAAUUAGAGACUUUUAGUGUGGAAGAUGAAUACAUGCUGGGAAGUGCUUUAUUGGUUCAUCCAGUCACAGAACCAAAAGCUUCUGUGGUUGAUGUGUUUCUGCCAGGGUCAAGUGAGAUUUGGUACGACUCUAAGACAUUUGCUCACUGGAAAGGAGCGUGUACAGUAAAAAUCCCAGUAACCCUGGACGCUAUACCAGUGUUUCAACGUGGUGGAAGUGUGGUACCAAUAAAGACCACUAUAGGGAGAUCCACAGGCUUCAUGACUGAUUCCCCAUAUGGACUCCGAGUGGCUCUAAGCACUAAGGGUUCUGCCAUGGGUGAAUUCUAUCUCGAUGAUGGGCAUUCUUUCCAAUACCUCCACCGGAAGCAAUUCUUGCACAGGAAGUUUUCAUUUUCCUCAGGUGUUUUGACCAACAGUUGUGCUGACGAGACCGGUCAUUAUCCCAGCAAGUGUGUGGUGGAGCAGAUCUUGGUCCUAGGCCUCAAGAAGCAGCCAUCUUCUGUGACUGCCCACUUAGCUGAUGGCACCGCUCAGCCUGUGGCUUUUACAUACCAUGCCACAACAUCCACCCUGAACCUGGAGACGCUCUCGCUGAACGUUGGUGCUUACUGGAAGGUGCACAUCCAGUGACAGAGCAGUGCGCCCGGUGGCAAGAGCCAGGAGCAGCUGUGCCUCUCUGCCCUCCCUGGGGCCUUUUGUGCGAUUCGUGCCUCGUGCUAAUUGACUUCUCUGGCUUAAAGUCAUCUUUCAUUAGUCACAGUUUAUUAGUGAACAGUAGAUUUCAGAUUUUUCAGAUGUUACAUUCUGAGAUGUGCUGGGAAUCAUACUCUUAGUGUCACACACCACUUCUAGAUGCAAGUGGCCCAGAGACAUUUAUAGCAUUCACAGCCCUCGCGUUGCUCCUUGGGCCAUGGCCUGGGGUUUGUGCUGUGGCCCAGUGGGGAGCUUCUCUUUGAGCACAUCUGGGUGAGUUUGUUUCAAGUGACAAAGUGUUUGUGUGGCCCAUUUGUGGAAGCUUGUCUCAGUCCAUGUGGCCGAGCCACUCCAGCUCCAGCAGCUGAGCUGCUCAAGGUCUCUCUCGAAGUGGACAGUGGCCUCUGGUAACCGCCCCCCCCGCCCAGACCUCUUUUACCCACUUAGACAUGGGCAGGGCAACCCUUUUCUACUUGCACUAUAUGUACUGCAGCAACAGGGAGUUACUCUGCCUUACAGACUGAAAAGCUGGCUUAAAACUCAAUGUUCAGAAAACUAAGAUCAUGGCAUCUGGUCCCAUCAUUUCAUGGCAAAUAGAUGGGAAAACAAUGGAAAUGGUCAUAGACUUUAUUUUCUUGGGCUCCAAAAUCACUGCAGAUGGUGACUGCAGCCAUGCAAUUAAAAGAUGCUUGUUUCUUGAAAGAAAAGUUAUGACCAACCUAGACAGCAUAUUAAAAAGUAGAGACAUUACUUUGUCAACAACGGUCUAUCUAGUCAAAGCUAUGGUUUUUCCAGUAGUCAUGUAUGGAUGACUUGGAUCACAAAUGGGGAGAGUUGGACCACAAAGAAAGCUGAGCGCUGAAGAAUUGAUGCUUCUGAACUAUGCUGUUGAAGAAAACUCUCGAGAGUCCCUUGGACUGCAAGAAGAUCAAACCAGUCAAUCCUAAAGGAAAUCAGUCCUGAAUAUCCAUUGGAAGGACUGAUGCUGAAGCUCCAAUACUUUGGCCACCUAAUGCCAAGAACUGAUUCACUGAAAAAGACCCUGAUGCUGGGAAAGAUUGAAGGCAGGAGGAGAAGGGGACAUCAGAGGAUGAGAUGGUUGGAUGGUAUCACCGACUUGGUGGACAUGAGUUUGAACAAGCUCCAGGAAUUGGCGAUGGACAGGGAAGCCUGGCGUGCUGCAGUCCAUGGGGUCGCAAAGAGUCAGACACGACUGAGUAACUGAACUAAAGUGAGAGACUGAAUCAAGAACACAAAGGGAUCCUUUUACUUGUCAUGUUUUUGGGGUCUCCAAAGUUCCAAAUUAAUUGCUUAAAAUUCUAAUCUGUUAAUAUUGGUUUUAUUAAAUUCUAUCUACUACCCAAAGAUUAUUUGUAACAUGAGUAAACUAUUAUUUAAUUUAAUAACAUAAAUACCCACCAUCAAACUUCAGAACAAGAACAUAGGACUAGACUGAGGGUGAGGUAAGUGAGACACUUGCCUGGGACAGAAAAUAUACGGGGAUGCCCAAAUUCACAGUAAUCAAAAUAAAUAAUACUUUAAUGUAAUAUUUUAAAAAUCAACACUAAAAGAAAAAGAUCCAUGAUGAACAAAUAUCACAAUUUUAAAUAAGGGUAGGAUCAAUAUACCACAUUUUACAUUUGACUCAGAUCCCAGCACAGCUUGGCAUGGGCUGGAGCACUAUACCACAACAGCCCCUUGGGAGGUCCCCAGGGACUCCCUGCGGCCACAGCAUCUGCUAGGGCAGCCUCGUAUCCUCAGCCCUCCUCAACAUACACACUUGCUUAUCAGGCAUCCUCCAGUUAGUAACUUGCCAACCGCCACCCCAGUGCCUUCUGUUCCCUGGACCCAAUAUCUACUGCCUGCCCUCUGUGUAUGCAGAUCCUACCAUCUGUCCAGGCACAACUGAAAUUCCCAUUUCCCCAUGGAGCCUUUCUAACUCCCUACCACCCACAACUCCCCUUUACCACAGCAGUGAUUUUACCCUUCUCUGACAGGCAGCCCCACUUCUACAUAACAUGCAGUCGGAUGAACAUUCUCUUGGAUGGCCCCUCAGUGUUUCAGGUUCGUCUGUCUUGUUCCCCUAUUAGAUGGCAUGUUCUCCAAGAUCAUGUUAUAUUUCUCUCAUAUCUGCCAGAGCACCAUUAUACUUGACUUUUAGUAAUGAUUGGCUGACUGAUGGAUUGAUUAAAAAUUGAGAAUUGAAUAUACUUGUUUCUGCUUGACUUUUAUGACAUAGGACUCUUCCCUC